AUGGCAGAUUUAACAGUAGAGUUUCGACGAAUCGUUACCAAACUUGACGUAUCAACAACAGAAAAACCAAAACGCGCCGAUAUUUUACCGCCUACAAAAAAGAGUUUUCGCAAUAUCAAUGACCCAUUUCUAAAAGAAGCUUACGAAAUAGCUUCACACAUAAAUAACUUGAAGGCUUUUCUGCUCUCAAUUCGCAAAGUGUAUCUGAAUUUAUCGCGCAACUCUGUAGGCUCUCUUCGAAAAACGACGGGCAACAAUGCGAUUUCUUCUUUUUCUGAUAUCGAAAAGAAUGUUCUUUCGCCAAAUGUAGGAGCAUCUAUUCAAACACUUACAGAUAAAGAACGUGAUGAUAUUGAUUUGCAUGCAAAAGUCAUUAUGCAGAAAUGUAUGGAUAGAAUCAAAAAAUUGGAGGAAGCGGAAGAAGGUGUGGGUGUAAAUACUGCACGACAAAAUUCAAUUAUGAGUAAUCCCCUAUUGAAGAUAUUGCCUAAUCUUCGUACACCUGAAGAGCAUGAUAUUAUCGCUGCACAUAGGAGUAGUGUGACGUGGUUUUUAAAUAUGCAAUUAAUGCAAGCCUCAAAAAUACAGAAAGACUUGCAGGAAUCUAGAAUUCGCAAAGAGAUUGAAAAAAGAGAAAGAUCGUUACUUAAACCAACAACAAAUAAACCAACGACCCCUCCAUUAGUGUUACGAGAGUUUUCAGAUGAAAAAGAUUCUUCCAAAAAUAAAGAAAACAAUGUUGAUACUAAUGUCAUUACUUCUGAAGAUGAUGAUAUCGAGCAACAUUUGUCAGCUGAACAGAAAAUGAUGCUAGAAUUGGAAAACGAGACGAUGAUGAAAGAAUUAGACCAAGCUGAAAAAGCCUUACUCGAAAUCUCUAAUCUACAAUCCGUCUUAUCAAGUCACCUUGCGGUACAAACUCAACAAACUGAUCGUUUGUACGCAGAGGCGAUUGCCACCACUGAUAGAGUUCAAGAGGGCAAUCUAAUGCUUAUUAAAGCACGACAACGAGCGCAAGACGCGCGAAAAGGGAUCCUGAUAUUUUUAAUAUUGGCUAGUUUUAUACUAUUGUUCUUGGAUUGGUAUGACUAA